GUUCUAAGGUGCAUACCAAGUCUCCGCAUUGCUUUACAGAAGUCCCUGCUCUCGGUAACUAAGGAAAACAAAGCGUGGGACGUGGUGCGCGCAUAGUGUCACGUCUACAGCCGCGCGCAGUCUGAAAUGGUGAGUUUAAAGGCUCAUCGUGUAUCUUAAUUAAUAAAAGUGAAAGAAUCCGCAUAUUUUUUGUGGUGGGAGUCCUCGUGUUUUUUUCCCCCAAGCUGCCCUAAUUAGAACAGCCGCAUAGCGUAGCAUUUUGAGUGAGUGAGUGUUCACUGCUGGGUGCGAGCGUUUGUCACAAGGGGAGAUAUGCCUGUUCACCAGAACAAAACUUUAGACCCGAGCCACUUCGUUGUUAUAAAGCCCCUCGCGGUUCGCCCACCGGUGGGACUGAAACUGCAAGACUGGAGCAGUGGCAAGCAUGGCGUCAGCGAACCAAGCCGGGAACAAGUGUUCCGGGGGAACUAUCACCGGAGACAACAGCUUAGUCAACAAGCCUGCAGGAGGCCUUAUGGGGAGACCGGGGAGCCCCUGUACGCGGAGAGCGUGAAGGCGUUCGGUUCUUUGAAACGGGUUGAUGAGAAAACUCGGAAUGGGUGGUCGGCAUCAGAUCGAGCCAUCAGCACAGCCAUCCUGAAACCAACUGGGCGAAGCAUGUCUCCAGCGAGGGAAGAUUCAAGCACCCUAAAGAACCAUCUGGGCCACGUCAGGAGACUUAUGUCAGCUGUCCGGCAGGGCAGGGGGUACUUCCAGCUCCUGCAGAAGGAGGAGCGAGAGUUGCAGGAGGCGCAGACGAUGGAGCGGAGGAGGAGGGAGGAGAAACAACGCACUGAGUGUCAGCCCCCCUGCUACGACUCGGACAGCGACUCAGAGAGUCCCCUCAGGACGGCCUUCUCCGCAGGCGGCAGCCGGCCAAUCGGGGGAAGCGGGAGAAGAAAGAAGCUUCCGGCGGGGCGACCUUUCACCCCGCUGCACCACUCGCUGAGCUCUCCCCAGCUCGGCGCGGUGGCACUGGAGCCCCUGUUCCGGCAGCUCUGCUGCCUCAACUGGCUGCUGGAGGCGGUGACCUUGAACCCCCCCGGCAGGACGGGCCCCGUGUCCUCGUGCUGGGACGUGACGGACCCAGGCAGGAGCAGAGUGACCGUAAAGGCACUGAAUAAAGAAAAGGCCGUCGAGAUGAGAUGGGACCAGUUUAUUUCACCGCCUAAGCCCAGGAGGGCCCCUUCCAGGGGCCGCUGUUCCUUUUCGGGGCGCCCCCUCCGCAGAGUCUCCGUGUUCAGCCUGGCGUCCUCCUCGGCCACCACCCCCACCCUGCGCAGCCUGUCCUCCCUGGCGCUGGGUCCCGACGAGGCUCCGCCCCCCGGCGGGGCAGCGGGCAGUGAGGAGAUCUCCCUGCAGGGCCCAGGGGGAAACAAAACGGCGGUGCCCGACCAUGGGCAGAAAUUGGACACACUUUUUCAGGGUGCUGCCAACGAGUUUCCUGGGCCAAAACAACACGGCGACGAUUUGUUUGACAGCAGUUCCCCUCAGAGGCAGCUCUCAGCCGUCAGCCAGUUUGUGAAAAGCAAGUCCUCCAUGUUGGAGGAGGCGAGGGCCUCCUUCCAGGAGCGCGCCCAGGAGCUGACCUUGAGCCUCAACAGCAGUUUGGACAGCAGAGCCCGAAACCGCUGGGACAGCGGCGUCCUGACGUUCCGGUCGCUCUGCCGCGGGGGGAUGUCCACGCCCAGGUCCCGCCCCGUUACCGUGACGUCGGGGAGCAGAGGCGUCCCGGAGGCCGUCUCCAGGCCGUGUGAGGACGGGGUGUGGCUGACCCGGCUCAUCGCUGGCCUGCCCGAGACGGCGCUCCGGGACCGCAGGGUGGGCCGGAUCCUGGAGAAGCUGAGGCGCUUCGCCGAUGGGCGGAGCCUGAGGAUCCGCCCCCCGGCCUUCCUCAAGGUGCUGGGGGGCCUGCAGCCGUGGGAGCUGUGCUCUCCUGAUCUGUGCGUGGCCAUCGAGAUGGUUCGGGAGCACGUGGUGCAGAUGGCCGAAGAGGAGUACGACCUCUGGCUCCGAUCCCGAGUCACCCUGCCCGAUCCGGCCUGGAGUGACCCGUCCGGGGAGGGAGCGAGGUGACCCGCUCACAGGAGGGGGAGAGUGACCCGUCCGGGGAGAGAGCGAGGUGACCCGCUCACAGGAGGGGGGGAGGGCCAUCCAGGGAGGGUGCAAGAUGUCCUGGGGGGGGGGGUGUUUGGUGUUUACUCAGGGAGCUCUUUUCAGAUCUGUGUAGUUAUUACUGUGUUAGUCUUCCACCCUCAAAAUGUGAUGUUUUUGCUUGUUUAGAGCUUAGAGAGUAUUAAAAACCAAAUCCUUCAUUUCACCCUCAUACAUACUUUUAUCACCCCUGAGUUAGACAGCCACUGAAAGCUGAAUUAAUGUCCAAGAAGGACUAAAUACGCUCAUGAUUAAGCGUAAAGUAGGUUUUCUCUCUGAUUGUCCUAUCAUAUUACAAUACAAAUUGUAGUUUGAUAAUAUUAUGUUAAUAUUACUUAUACAUUAUAAAUUGGCCUCUCUGUCAUAUUGGUGAUACCCCAUUUUUGUGUUCCUGAGAGCAACACCGAUGUUCUCCACUACUGUUCAUCACUCUGGAUAGGAACAUCUGCCAAACGACUGUAAUGUAAAUGCAAAAACCUUUAUUCACGUCCCAUUUUCUUACUACGAAGCCAAAAAAGUUUAACUGCAUAUAAAAGGGGGAUGUUCUUAUCAGGGUGAGGGAUAUGCCUGUUUAUAAGUUUGCUUGUUUAUACGGGUUUGUGCCCAGUGUUUGACCGAACACUCCCAGGCCUCAUUCCCACCACAUCAGAUUAAAUUCACAUUCUCAUAUUCUAGAAGGAAAUAAAAUGCCUGACCCAGUAAUCUCGGAAUGGAAAAUGAAGAUAAAUUAUUGUUAGUUUUUUUGGCACUGAUCAGAUCUUAGAAGAGUGAUAUUCUUAGAUGUUAGAUUCAUCACUGACAGGAUUCUCUGGGAAAUGAAAACAUUUUUCGGCUCGUGGGUUUCAAAGAAGAUGAUAAAACCAUAAAUAACUCGCCUUUCAGUUCAACGGUAAGAUCAGAGAUAAUAUGUAUUUUGUAUUUUGGGUGUGUGUGCAUGUGUGCCAACAUUAAUCUCAGGAAAAUAAAUUAUUUGUGGAGUUUUAUUUAUUAUUUUUUUUGCUUUGCAGUUGAGUUUGUUCACUGUGCAGGAUGACGUCACACCGUUUGUACCGUGUGUCAUGUGUAUAAUACCACAAAUGUGUAAAAUGGCUACUGUCAUUUAUGGGAAUGGAAUUCAAAAAUAAAAUAAUAGACGAACACACAAA